AUGAUAGAAGAAGGGACGAAUGAGGUGGAUUUUGAACAAAUGUCUUUAGAUUGGGUGUUCAAUGAACUUAUUGCGGCAGGUCGGAUAGGGCAAGAGGCUGUUUGCCCCACUAAUGCACUUUGUUUAUGUCAAAGUAAAGAAGGAAGAUCUGUGAAAAAGUGUGUAACUUUUAGAAUGUUUUUGCAAAAGAUGGUGGAUAACAAGUUUAUAGAGAUUGGUUGUACCCGCAAAAGUGGAGAGAUUACAGUCAUUGGGGAAAACAGGCCGGUAUAUCAUCAGUGCACUAAUCAACCAUUCAUACCUACCAUGAACAAGGCUCUUCCCACACUGGAAGCGCCAGCUCGCUUGGUGAUCUCUACUCCCAGGAAAUUCCCAUACAAGAAUAACCAAGCAAUACCCUGGAAAUAUGAAUGUGAAGCGUAUGUUGAAGGAAGCACCAGCAAUAUAGCAGGGGUGAAAGGGAUAACUCGAAGUGGUAGGGUGUAUAUGCCAGAUUCUUCUAAAACAAAUCGGCAGAAUGCAGGGGAACCAGACAGGGCAGUGAAAAGUCCAAUAUCUAAUGGAGAGGCCGAAGAAUUCCUGAAGAUAAUAAAGCAUAGCGAGUACAACAUUGUGGACCAACUAAAGAAAAUGCCGGCUCACAUAUCUGUUUUGUCACUUCUACUAAAUUCAGAGACCCAUCGGGAGGCGUUACUUAAAGUCCUAAAUCAAGCCUACAUUCCCCAGGAUAUCAGCGUUGAUAAAUUCAAUCAUGUGAUCGGAAGUCUGGCGGCCUCCAACUACAUCACUUUUACUGAUGAAGAAAUUCCGCCAGAAGGCCAGGAGCACAACAAGGCGCUGCAUAUAUCCACCAAAUGUAAGGAUCAUAUGAUGUCUCGAGUCUUGAUAGAUAAUGGGUCAUCCCUCAAUGUUAUGCCAAUGACUACACUGCAGAGGUUACCCAUUGAUCCUUCUUAUGUGACACCCAACAAUUUGGUGGUGCGUGCCUUCGAUGGAACACGAAGAGAGUCCGUAGGGUCGCUUGACAUCCCUAUUCAGAUUGGACCCGUAACCUUCGAUAUCACUUUUCAAGUCAUGGAUAUUACACCUUCAUACAGUUGUCUCUUGGGAAGGCCUUGGAUACAUAAUACUGGGGCAGUUCCCUCCUCUUUGCAUCAGCGAGUGAAAUUUGUGGUAGGGGAUAAACUGGUAUGUGUUUAUGGAGAAACCGAUAUAAUGGUUACUAAACCUUCUUCCACUCCCUAUGUGGAAGCAGCUGAAGAAGCCCACGAAGAUUCAUUCCGAGCAUUUGAGAUCAUCAACGUCAUUACUAUAAUGGAGGGAUCUUUUAUCCCUCAACCUCGGAUCUCUUCUUCCACGCGUAUGGUGGCUACUGAAAUGAUUAAAUCAGGGUUUUGCCCAGGAAAAGGGUUGGGGAAGUAUCUUCAGGGCAUCGCAAUGCCAUUGUUACUAGAAGGCAUGAAUGAGAGAUACGGCAUCGGAUAUACUCCUACUUUAGCUGAUCAUAAGAAGAAGGCAGAAGAGAAAAGAAUACUCCGAAUCGAGAGGCGCACAGGAAGAGUAAGUACCAAAUGGGGGGUAGAAGUCCCGCCAAUGAAUCAGACCUUUCGAAAGGGCAAUCAAGUCACUCUUGAGGAAGAAAUGAAACAGAUGAGCAUAUUAACCUUGGAAUCAGGGGACCACAUGAAUGACUCAAGUAGAAGGAUCUACCCAUUAACCACAGGAACAGAAAUUCAGAACUGGACAUCUUUUGAUUACCCAAUUCACUUCAUGGAUAGGGAAAAUAAUCAUACCAGUAUUCAGGAGCCAGAAAUUGAUGUUAACUUUGAAAACUUAAUCCUAGAAGCUGAAAUAGAAGAGGAGACUGACUUAUCACCUGAAAUGCAAAGAAUGUUGAAAUCAGAUGAAAAACAAACUUUAACCAGUAGUGACCCCACGGUCACAAUAAGUUUGGGGACUAAUGAGGAACCAAAAGAAGUAAAAAUUGGGGCACUAUUGGGAGGAAAAGAAAGAUGCGAAAUGAUAAACCUUCUGAAGGAAUACCAAGAUGUUUUUGCAUGGUCAUAUCAGGACAUGCCGGGAUUGGAUACGGACUUAGUAACACAUAAAAUACCCAUUUACCCAGAUAGCAAACCGAUAAAACAGAAACUGAGGAGAAUGCGCCUAGAUAUGUUGAUCAAAAUAAAAGAAGAGGUACAGAAGCAGUUUGAGCGUAGACCACCGGUGCCGGAGUCGAGGCUGACGCAGGCUGUGGAGGCUUCGUCGGAGAUGACGGUGCCUGUGGGGAGUUUGCAGGUUGUGGCUCGUGGCUUUGCUGGCUGCGGUGAGUUCUAG